AUGGCCCACACCGUCGAAUCACCCACCGCCGCAACAGCCGGCUGCACCGGCGCUAGUGCCGGCACCGUCAGCGGCGGCAACGGCGACCGCGGCACCGGCAGCGGCACCGGCGGCGGCGACGGUGGGGGGGCUGGAGGCAGUUCGAGCGCAAGCCAUUCCCGCGCGUCGGGCCCAGCGGUCGGGAGAGCUCGCAGCGACAGCGCCGUUAUAGAGAUCAUCAGUAUUCCCGAGGAAUCGCCAUUUGACGCUCUCCCCGCCUCCGCUCUCCCCGCCUCCGCUCUCCCCGCAUCCUCCGCUGCUGCUACUGCAGGCUCUUCCGCAAAAUCGCUACACCAUCCCCCCGCCGCCUUCACUCCGGAUUCUUCUCACGAGUUCUCCGCCGCGAUACCCGGCGCCAGCUCAUCGUCCGCGGAUUUCGCGCGCCUCCAGCCCCCCUCCGCCGACCCGCGCUCCCGCUCCCCCUCCCGCUCCCGCUCCUCCUCCUCCUCCGCCUCCUCAUCCCGCACAUUCAGCUUCGCCGCGGCUCGGGGCUUCUUCAGCGGCCGACUCGGCACGCUCUCGCGGAGUCAUAACGACCCGCAUCAUUCCACGGACGCGACCCGACCGUUUCCUGACGCGGGUGGAGGCGCGGAAAGCAGCGGAGGCGGCGGUGCGGCGGAGGCCGCCAGAGAGGAGAACGAGGUGCGGGGAUGGCGGUCGUCGAUGUUCGCGCCGCUGCUGCUGCGCCCCGCGCUGCGGAGGCGCGCAGCGAUGCGCGGGGUGGAAGAAGGGGAGGAAGGGGAAGAGGGGGAAGAUGACCGCGACGCGAGCGAGGAAGCUUCACUCGUUCCGCACGUGUGUGACUCAGCGUGCUCCGCGGCGCGCGGAUGCCCGAGGCUGCGCGGAAUCGCCUCCGAUAGUAGCGCCGCUGGCGGCACACACGCGCUGUCCGCGUGGGAGGCGGAGGAGCGCGAGCGGGAGCGGGCGCUAGAAGCGGCGGAAGCGGCGGACGGGGAGGGGGAGCGCGCGGAGGACGAAGAGGACGAGUACUGGGGGGUUUCGGGCGUGUCUAUAUUCGAUAGCCCCCCCCCCGAAGCCAUGCUCGCGCCCAUAGGGUUAGGGGGAGGCGGGGGGAGGCGGGCGACGGGGGAGGCGGAGUGGGGGAGCGGGUGCCCGCGCUUCCUGCAGGGGCUGCGCGAAACGGGGGGGGACUGGUGGCAGGAGAGGCAGCUGCGGUGGCGGAAGAGGAGGCGGGAGGGGGAGGAGGGCGGAGGGGGGGAGGGCGGGGAAGCGGCUGGGGGGGAAGGGGGUGGGGAGGAAGGGGAGCGCGCAGGGCAAACAACCAGCGGGCGUGGCAGCAUCAGUGCUGUUGGCAGUGGCGGUGGCGGCAGCGGCAGCGGCCGCGGUGGCGGUGGUGGUGGAGGCGGCAGCGGCAGCAUCAAGCCCGGCGUCGCCAGCAGCAUGAGCGCCACGAGCAGCACCAGCUUCACCAGCACAAAAACCUUCCGCUACCCAGCCAGCGCAUCCCAGGCGUUCCCCCGCGGCGCACCCUCGUCCCCCUACCCCAAAUCCGCCACAUCCGGAGGCGGCGCAGGAAGAGCAGGAGCAGCAGGCAGCGGCAGCGGCAGCAGCAGCAGCAUCACGGAGUGGGGGCGGCAGCGGUGGUGGUUCGGGCGGGUGAUUGACCCGCGGAGCCCGGGCAUGAAGCGCUGGUCGCGGUUCUACGCAGGAGUCACAUCCCUCUCUCUCUUCUCCGACCCCUGCUUCCUAUACAUGCUCUCGUUCUCUAGUGAUUCCUCCUGCCUGUACAUCCAAGGCCCGUACGUGAUCAUCAUGGCUUCCAUCCGCACGCUAUGCGACGUAUUCUACCUCGUCAACUCGUGCCUCGCGCUGCGCACCUCGUACGUGUCCCGGCAGAGCAUGGUGCUGGGGAGAGGGGAGCUAGAGACGUUCGCGCGAAAGGUCGCCGUGCAUCAUCUGACCUCCUGGAGCGGGUUAUUCCUCGACGUUGUCGUGGUUCUCCCCAUCCCGCAGGUGCUCUGCUUGAUCGCAGUACCGUAUUUCCUCCUGCAAGCCAGCGAAGGCGAGUACGGGUACGUGGAGGAGGGCAUCGGAAUCAUGCUCUCUUUCAUGCUGCUUCAGUACUGCGUAAAAGUGUAUCACACGUACGUGGUGGCGCGGCGGCAGCAGAGGGUCAACGGGUACGUCUUCGGCACCUCCUGGUGGGGGUUCGUGCUGAACAUGCUCGUGUUUCUCAUCACCGCGCACGGAUUCGGAGGGCUGUGGUACGUGCAGACCGUGCAGUCAGCCAUUCAGUGCCUGGUAGAGCAGUGCAAUGACUCCCAACCCACCUGCACGCACGACUGGCUGACCUGCCCGGAGCAGUUCGCAUGGGGGGACAUGCCGCCGCCGCAGGACAACGCGCAGGCGGCGUGGGGCGGCAGCACCAACGUCACGGACAACUGCUUCCCGCCGUUCGGCACCACAGGAAGCUAUAACUACGGGAUCUACGACUUUGCAGUGCAGUUACUGAAAGAGCAGGGGCCUCCCGAGAAGAUCAUGUACGGGAUUUUCUUCGGGAUCAUGACUCUCGCGACGUUCGGGAACGCGCUCGUGCCGUCGGCGAGUAUCGGCCAGUCGGUGUUUUCGCUGAUCAUGGUGAUCUGCGGCCUGCUGCUCUUCACGUCCCUCAUUGGCAACAUCGAGGUGUUUUUACACUCCAUGACGGCUCGCAUCGAGGACAUGCAUCUGAGAAGGAGGGACCUGGACUGGUGGAUGCAGCGGCGCCAGCUCCCCACGGAUCUCCAGAUGAAGGUGCGGCGGCAGGAGCGGCACACAUUCGCAUCCACCCGAGGCCUGCAUGAGGAGGAGCUCUUAGACGGGCUACCGGACAGCCUUCAGAGGGAUGUGAGAAGACACUUGUGCCGGGGGCUGGUGCGGAGAGUACCGCUGUUUGAAGCAGUCGACGAGGCUGUGGUGGAUAAUAUCUGCGCGAAGCUGCGCUCAGUGGUGCUUAUAGCGGGGACGCAGGUGGCCAGGCGGGGCGAGCCGGUCGAGGAAAUGCUCUUCAUAGCCCGGGGGCUCCUCAGGGGUUCCCGGGAUGAUGCUGAUGAUGCUGCUGCUGCUGCUGCUGGUGCUGGUGCAAAUGGCGGGAAGUCUGUACGGGGGAGUAAGCGGCAUGUGUCUGGGGAUGGAAGCAGGAGCAGUGUGCAGGGCAGCAGCAGUAGUAGUCGUGUGGCGGGGGCCGGGUUUUCUUCCUUCACCAGCGGCUCGCGUGGGGUGAACUCCAUGAGCUUUCGCCUGCCCUCUGCUGUGAGGUCUCUUGGGCUCCGAUCUGCUUCUUCUCAUGUGUCCUCUCAUGUGUCCUCUCAUGCGUCCUCUCAUAUGUCUUCGGCUGCCUCUGCUGCUUCUUCCUCCAAUGCAUCGCUCUCUGCCUUUACCGCUAUCCCCAAGCUGCCUCCCGUCACCCCUCCUGGCGCUGCUGCUGCUGGUGGUGGUGGUGCUGCUGCUGGUUCUUCUGCUGCAGGUCAUGGUGUGAAUUUCGGGCUUUAUUCCGAGAGCGCGUGUGAGAUGGGUCCAGGGCAUUUCUCAGGUGAGGAGCUUCUCUCUUGGGCUCUAUCUCGAGAGCCAGACGAAGCCUUGCUUCCCAAGGCCACUAUGACUCUAACCGCUGUGACUGUAGUGGAGGCUUUCAGCCUGUCUGCGGCUGAUUUGUGCUUCAUAGCGUCACAUUUCCGGUUCCAGUUGAGAGAUAAGAAGCUGAGAGCGCUGAUUAAGUAUUACUCGCCGCAUUGGAGGACUUGGGCUGCUGUUACCAUACAGCUUGCUUGGCGGCGGCGGCAGGCGGGUCGGGGACCGGUGGUGAGUGGUGGUAGAGCAGCAGCAGCAGCAGAGGAGGAGAGGACACAGGAGCGCAUGCGCCUAUACACCACCAUGUUUGCCGCUCCCCCUAAGCCCGCUGGGGAUUGA